AUGGCUCUCCGAAGCAAUGCAAAUCUAAUUCGAUGGAUGCAUGUUACACCCUGGAGACAAGAUAUCGAGUCUUUGGAUAGGCUUGGUCUUAUGAUGGCUAUGCCUGCAGGAGACGCAGAAGGGGAUGUCGAUGGCCACCAGUGGCAAGAAAGAUUGGAUUUAAUGCGAGAUGCUAUUAUUUACAACAAGAAUAGCCCAAGCAUUUUCUUUUACGAAAGCGGGAAUCACGGUAUAACGGAACAGCACAUGCAAGACAUGAAGGACAUUCGCGACACAUACGAUCCUUACGGUGGACGCGCAGCCGGAUCGCGCGAAAUGCUCAACAGCUCCAUUGCAGAAUACGGAGGAGAAAUGCUCUAUAUCAAUAAAGCACUCGAUACCCCUCUUUGGCAAAUGGAAUAUUCACGUGAUGAAGGGAUCAGGAAAUACUGGGAUAACUUCACUGCGCCAUAUCAUCAGGAUCAAUCUUACGCUCUUGAGUGGGAUCGUAAUCAAGACUCGCACGCUGUUGAAAACGUCGUCCGUUGGAACGAAUAUUACCAGCAAAGACCCGGCCGUGGGCUUCGAUGUAACGCGGGCGGUGUCAAUAUUAUCUUUUCAGACUCGAAUACACAUUAUCGUGGAUCGCAAAACUACCGGACCUCGGGGGAAGUCGAUGCUAUGCGCUUACCUAAAGAUGGAUAUUAUGCGCACCAAGUUAUGUGGGAUAAAUGGGUCGACAUCGAAAGACCCACGGCUCAUAUUAUUGGACACUGGAAUUAUAAUACAUCAACGGUUAAAGACGUUUACGUCGUAUCGACUGCCGACCGAGUUGAACUAAAACUUAAUGGAAAGUCUCUUGGAAAUGGAACUCAGUCGGACCGGUUUCUAUUCACCUUCCCUCAAGUCCAGUGGGCAUCAGGAGAGAUAGCAGCAUACGGUUACAACGCAACAUCGGGCAAAUCGAUUACGAGUGACCGGAAAUCCACAACAGGCCAAUCUGCUUCCAUUCGCCUCUUCGCCAAUACAUCACCGCUAGGAUUCCGUGCGUCGGGUACCGACGUAGCUUUGAUUGACGUCGAGGUAGUUGAUAGUGCCGGAAUACGUGUCCCGACUGCUCUCGAUACUAUCACUUUCUCGCUAUCUGGUGAAGCUGAGUGGCGCGGAGGAAUAGCGGUAGGGAGAUCUGACAAUUAUAUACUGUCAAAGACCCUGCCGGUUGAGAACGGGGUCAAUCGGUUCUCUGGACUUGCUUCAGCCUCCCUCGUGCUUCAAUCGACCCCAUUCCUGAGUAGCAACGUAUUGAGUCUCGAGUUGCCGUCAAAUGGUCUUCCUAGCGACCUCUCGCGCGGGCCGACCCCUCUGGGCGCAUCGUACACUGUUAGUCGCAAGACAUUGACUGUCAGCUCCGUCAUAGCAGGCUCUAGCGAAGACACUGCCGAGGAGACCUACGAUGACGAUGAAACCACCAUCUGGCGAAGCAACAGUAGCACAUCCACAGCUUGGAUCCGCUAUCAGCUUGCAGCAUCAGCAACCGUGAACGCGGUAAAUAUCAAAUUCCGGAGCUUCAAAUCCACCCAUGCUAUCAGUGUAUCUGUCGACGACACUGUUGUCUGGUCCGGUCGCUCAACAGCAGGUUUAGGUUACUGGACAGCAGAGUUCAACGCGACCGAGGGUUCAACUGUUCAAAUCAACAGCCUAUCUGGAGCACUCGAGAUAACCGAAGCAGAGUUAUAUGGUCCAAUUUGA